AUGUUUAUAUUUGAGAACGCGCAACAUUUUUUCAACUUUUUUCGUAACUUCAAUGGUUGCUAUUCUGAUAAUAAGCUGUUAAGAUAUUUUUUUAAAAAGAGUUACAAUAGUUGGUUUAACGAUCCAACUCAAUAUAAUUAUUAUUUUAUAUCAUACUAUGCAGUAGCAAUAUCUGUGUCAUUUUUAAUACGACAUUUACUGUUUAAUCCUGAUGUACAUUUUAGAAGACAAGAUAAAAGAAGAAAUAUAAUUGACAGAUACCAACAUCAUGCUUAUUCACUCCCAUAUUAUAAUCACUGGUUAAGAAAUUUUAGUCAGUCGUUUAAAAGCACAUUAAUAGAUAAUGAAUCAGAUUACCAAGAAGUAGACCCCUGGUGUUUUAGACCCAAAAGGACUGCAUUUUAUGGUAGGUUUCCAUUUUUUUUCGAAGUUCCAAAAUAUGACAUUGAUAACCCGACGCAUGAAAAGAAUUCUCACAAAUAUAUGCAAAAAUAUUAUGAAAGCAUAGGGUAUAUUCAAUCAAAUGAACAGCCGGAGGAGUGA